CGGGCCUUUGAUGGCCGCACGCGGCACCUCCCACCUCCCGCCGCUCCUGAUUCAUACAUAUCCCGCAUCACCCGCCAUAACCCACAGUGCCUCACCACGCGCUCGCUGCAGACCACACCCCCGAUUCCGCGACCCAGAGGCGGGCGCGGACCCGGAGGCUUGCACUUGCAGGAGCGAGCGCGUGCAUCACUGCAAGGCCCGAACUUCGAAGUGCGAUGCCGGACGCGCUCCACUCGCCGGGCGCGUGUGACACUCCCACCCCAGGCACCGUCAACGCCAGAACGGAUCCCGUCCCAGUCUUCCGGGCCCGCCUCGAGGGACAGAUCACCGUGCAAUGUAUCCGUGAUAUAUGUAACAACGCCGCGCGCGUGGGCCUCCCCUCCCUCGCUUGCUGCUCCUCCAUCGACAAGCCUCGGACACCCAUCGCACACCCACGCGCCGCUUAUCAGCAACACCGUACCACGAUGCGCGGAACCCUCGCCCUCGCCCUCGUCGCCCUCGCCCUCGUCGCCCUCGCCCGCGCCGCACCCGCACCCGCGCCGGAGGACGCCCGCGCGCUCGACGUCGAGCUCGGCGCGCGCCAGUCGUGCUGGAGCAACUGCGAGGGGUCGUGGUGACCCCCGCGGCUCGAGGGGCGAGGGGCGAGGAGGAGAAACGGAGCACGGAGAACGGGGAACGGAGAACGGCGGGCGCAGGAUGCGAGGCUAGAGGCUAGAGGAGAGGUGCAAGGGGAAUCGUAGUGCGAGGUGCGCCUCCAAGUUGACCUGCGUCCGCUGGCUUCGCGCGUGCUCACAGACGUCCCAGGCAGGCGUUCAGGCUUCAAGCUUCACGCCUCAGGCCCCAGGCUUCGAGUUAUGUAGCCCGCCUCGCGCCUCCGGGGGCGAGCGGCGGCGUGAGCGUGUCGUCCCGCAUCCAUCCCAUCCCAUCCCAUCCCAUCCCGCACCGCACC